CAAGUUGUUGAUGUUACUGACACUAUAUUAGUAGAUUCUGUAUAUUGACGUUUAAUCUAGAACUAGAAUAAUCGGCUUCAUCAAUAAUACAAGGAGGAUUCACUUGCAAUACACAAGGAAUUUAUUCACGGUCCCUUUGUCACACUAUAUAUAUAUCAUUGUUACAUCCACGAUAAUGAUCAUACCGUAACACAUUCACUACACUAUAACUUGUGAAUAUACUAUUUUUAGCUAAGUUUGACCUUAAAUUUGUAAGCAAAGAAUAUGGCUCAACUCCAGAGGUACGGACCAUAUGGUGACAAAGAGGCUGUAGAAAACUUUUCUUACAAACUCGAAGGGUCUGAUAGAAUCAAAGAAGUAAUUGUAAGGGCGGGUUUCGUUGUGGAUGCAAUCGGGCUCACCGUUGCUAGCCCUAAUGGGGAUAGCGAUACUUCAACGUUUGGUGGCAAUGGCGGACUUGAAUUCAAGGUUAAGCUCAAGAUUGGUGAGUACAUAACCGGAAUCAGUGGGAAGACGAAAGAUUCACUCAUAUCCAAGCUGAGGAUACACACUAAUUUGAAUAAGCGUGGACACGGGCCGUAUGGAAAUAAUGAACUCAAAGGUGGCUGCGAAUUUAAUUCUCCGCCAUUAUCCGAAAAUGACCGUUUUGUUGGAUUCUUUGGAACUGCCCAUGACAACCUUGUUUCAAUUGGACUCUAUGUUGAAAAGGGAUGCGGUUGCUCCAACAACUGAGGUUGAAGACUUAGCUUGAAGUUGGUAGCAGUUGUGGAAGCUGCCUGCCAUAAAUACUUGUAGCCUAUAUAUCGACCAAUGUGUUCUUGCUCUUUUAAGUUUGCGUUGUAUUAAAUAAGCCACAUGUACUGUAAUCGAUAAGUGGCACGUCAAGAGAUCAAUGACAUAAUGUAUUAUUGUGUGUCGUCUAUGUUUAAUUUGAUCAAUAUAAUAUAUAUGCAUCUUAACUUUGAAAGAAUA